AUGAUCCGUAUUAUUCCAGAUAUCUUGCCUGAAAUCUUCAAAUUUCUUACAGACAAGUCAGGAGUGCUGUUUUCAUGCUGUCUAGUUAAUAGAAUAUGGUAUCAAGCUGCACUUAGACCACUGUACACAUCACCCCGACUUCAAUCAGUUUGGGCUCUACGAAAGUUCACUCAGAUGUUAGUUGCUAAACCUUAUCUAGCGCGAUUUGUCUGGUAUUUGGUGCUUUCUGAAAUACGAACCACUAUAUCACCACAUAUUCUGUCACAGCUCAUUCCACUGCUUACGCAUGUUCAUCAUAUUGAUCUGAGCUAUUGUAGAGAAAUUCAGGAUAUACAUGUUCAAACACUUACACGCCAAUGUGGAUCUGAGCUUACAUCAAUCAUCUUGGCGGGUAACCGACACCUCACAGAUGCAACGAUUGAAGCCAUUGCUAAUUAUAUUGGAAAAUCACUCGUCAGUCUAUGUAUUGAUGAAUGUCAUCGUAUUACAAACGGUGCAUUAUCGUAUAUCGCAUCACAAUGCACUCAACUCACCACCCUCAAACUCGCAUCUACACAAUCUAAUCGGGGCGAUAUUAGUAUUGCAUCAUUUGUAUGGCCUACCACGGCAUCUUGUUGCUCAACGUUGACCACGCUCCGACUUUACGAUUGUACUGAUAUUACAGAUACAUCACUCAUUCUCUUGGCUCAAGCUUGUUCAAACAUCACUGCCGUGGAAAUGUUUCGUCUUCCACACGUAUCUGAUAUUGCUCUCAUUGCAAUCAGUAAACAUACACAGCUUCAUACACUUUGCGUAGGUGAAAUGCGAUACAUUACCGAUUUAUCCAUCUGCGAGGUGGGUCGUCAAUGUGAUAUCCGGUCUCUUACAAUAUGUCAUUGUGAUAGUAUCACGGAUAGGGGAAUGGUAGAGCUUAUACGACAUUCACCCAACAUGCAGUUUUUAGAUAUCGCAUUGUUGGGUGAUAUCACUCUUAUAUCAUUGGUGGCCACUUCACAAUGUUGUCCACUACUUCAAGAUCUAGUUGUUUCGGGAAACUUGUACUCGGAAGGAAUUCCUACUCGUGCAGUUAUGGAUAUUGCCAAAACAUUUGUUGGUUUAGGUUCGUUGACCAUUUUUCAGUCGCGAGAUAUUGACAUGGAUGAUAUCGAGGCAUUUGCUUUGGCUUGUCCAAACGUUGGCUGUAUUUUUGUUCGUCAGUGUGUUAAUAUAUCGCCAUUAUUAGCCGAGACAUUUUGCAAGACACACAAGACAAGACUGAUUGUUCAAUAA